CAGGAUUCAACUCAAAUGCUACCUCCUCGAAUCAGCAAUUUUGCACAGGAAGCUUUGGGAGAUGUUGUUUACUGUAGUUUGCCUGAAGUUGGGGCAAAAUUGAACAAACAAGAUGAGUUUGGUGCUUUGGAAAGUGUGAAAGCUGCUAGUGAACUGUAUUCUCCUCUAUCAGGAGAAGUAACUGAAAUUAAUGAAGCUCUUGCAGAAAACCCAGGACUUGUCAACAAAUCUUGUUAUGAAGACGGUUGGCUGAUCAAGACGGCGCUCAGUAAUCCCUCAGAACUAGAGGGGCUGAUGAGUGAAGAAGCCUACGAGAAGUACAUAAAGUCUAUUGAGGAGUGAGAAUCGAACUCCCUGAAUAAAGCAGUCUGAAACAAUUAAAAAAAAAAAUGCUACCUCCUCAAAGAAGUCCUUCCUGACCAGCUCCGUCACCAGCAGUCCCCUACCCACCCCGACACACUCUGUCUGGACCUUGCUUUCUU